AUGAAUGCUACAUUUGAGGAAUUGCUUUCCAAGGUUUCCACAGCGACGAAGAACGGGAACGCAAUCAGCAAGGCUUACGAAAAGGCCAUGAAAGCCGGUUUGGAAGACGAUGAGUUCGGAGACUGUAUAAACAAAAUCCUUUCACUUCUGGAGGAAUUCACAAUUGAAGCAGAACAUGCUAGGGAGAUGGAGGCAAAGCUCCGACACCAGUCUACGAAGACGCACCCCACCUUCAUUCGAGAUGUUAUGAAGGCGGAGGAUAUCGCCAAGAGUGCCGUCCGGAAAUCAACAACGGCGAGGGUGCGAAUGGAGGCGACCGUUGCUAGAGCUUACGAGAGGAAGAAAGCAAGGGAUGAUGCGGCAUUGGAAAGGCAAAAAGCAGAGAAAGAAAAAGCAGGAGCUGUAGGGAGCAGUGCAUGA